AGUAAAGUAUACCGUUUGUCAACAACAAAUUCUACUGUAGCGAAACUUUAAAAGCCUUAAAAUUUGCUAAAACCGAAAGUGUUUUCUACUUAUGCUAUAACGAAGGGUAAAUUUUCAGAUAUGAAUAGUUUUAUCUGUCAACACUGUUCUCGGAGCUUUCCGUCAAUCGAGAAGGCUGUUGAUCACGUACAUUCUCAUAAACUUGCUCAGAAACCGUGUGUAGUCCCUGGAUGUACCACGAUCGUCCCAAACUUGACAAAACACCUCAAAAUUUUGCAUUCAAACGAAUGCAAGUUCCCUUGUGAUUUAUGCAGCAGGUGUUUUGUACAUUAUAACUCAAUGCAGCAGCAUAAAAGAGACGUAGUCGACUGUACGAUCAAGAAAAAAAGAAAGAAGAGACCGAAAAAGAAGAAACAAACUUCAUCUAUGUUUCCACCUACUCCGACUCCGAAUAUCGUAGAUUUUCGGAGCCCCGUCACAGCUGCAGAACUCAACAACUUUAUCGCAUAUAAUUUGCAACCAACUGAAGAAUUUAAAAAAGAGAUGAAGACAACGGUCGGAGAGAUAUGCGAGUUUCUUAAAAAACAUAUGAAAGCCGAUCGAGUUGUAAAGGGAGGAUCACAGGGCAAAGGAACAGCCGUUAGAGGAAAGUGUGACAUUGAUCUUGUUGUGAUUUUAAAUGAUGUGAGAGAUGCAAAAGACCUCAAAACGAAGCUACCAAGUAUUUCAGAGGAGAUCAAAACUAAUUUAAAACGAUAUCCAGCAGGUUUCACCAUUGUUCCCGGUUCCUUGACAGACUCAUCCUUCUUAGUGAAGUUUUCAGUCGAAGGCACACAUAAGAAUAUAGAUGUUGAUCUUCUGCCCACGUUUAAGUGUAAAGAUUUUAAAAGUCUUUACAGCAAGAUGAAAAAUGACGAGGAAAACAAGGAGUAUUAUAGUGUGGCGUUAGCUGAAAAGAAGGUGAAAUUUGUUCGAAGGCAACCAGCCAAUGUGAAAAAUUUAAUUCGCUUGGUCAAAUACUGGAAAAAGGAAAUGGUCACGCCUGGUGGAAAAAUUCCCAAUUCGUACCUUAUGGAACUGAUUACAAUACAUCUUUGGAAAGAAAACAAAAGACCUAAGACAUUUGAUACGUUGAAGGCCUUUCGUGGAGUCAUGGAAGCAUUGCAGGACUACCAGUCUCUGCAUGUUACUUGGACAAUGAAUUCGUCUGACAGUGAAAAAAAACAAGGACCGUUGGUAAUGGACCCGGCUAACCCAAUGAACAAUGUGUGCAGUGGAUUUGAUUGGGAGGAAAUUAGCAGAGCAGCAAAAGAAGUCCUAAAGAGUCUCAUGAUGGAUGAUGUUUCUUCAACCAAUUGGAAAUAGCAACUCAUCAUUUUUCACACUUUAAUU